CACUCCGACUGCUCUCUCCACCACUGAUCUAGAUCACUCUCCCCUUCCAGAUGGCACAUUGUAUCGCCAAAUUGUCGGGGCACUACAGUACUUGUAGUUCACAAAACCAGACAUUUCCUAGGCCCUCAUUUUUUGUGCUCAACACAUGCAUUCUUCGCUCAAUCAUCAUUGGUCCGAGGUCAAGCGCAUCCUACGGUAUCUACGUGGCACCACUGAUCACCGUCUCUUCUUCAACACUCAAUCCUCCAAUCAAUUGUCCGGCUACUCCGAUGCUGCCUGGGCGAAUUUUGUCACUGAUAGGCGUUCCACUACUGGUUAUGUUUAUCUUGGAUCUCAUCUCAUCUCGUGGUCCUCUCGCAAGCAACGUACAGUCGCUCGCUCAUCCACUGAGGCGGAAUACAAGGCGCUCGCAACACUUGCAGCUGAGAUCAUUUGGAUCGAGUCCCUUCUCCACGAAAUCGGCAUCUCACUCCCAUUCCUCACGAAGCUCUGGUGCGAUAACCUUGGCGCGACCUACCUUUCUGCCAACCCCGUGUUCCAUUCACGCAACAAGCAUAUGGAAAUAGAUUUCCAUUUUGUCUGUGAAAGAGUUGUUGUUGGGCAAUUACUGGUCCGAUACAUCUCCACUGAAGAUCAGCUAGCAGACCUUCUCACCAAGCCCUUACCGCGCCAACGAUUUCACCAUUUCAAGUGCAAGUUGAAGGUCAUUGACCCUCAACUUGCGGGGGUAUGAUAAGGGAAGACCGAGUCUUCUGCUUUCUAUUACAAAUAUUUUAUGUUCCUUUUUUCUUGCUCCGCUACUCCUGUAAAUCCUCCACCCACUAUAUCACGAUACAUCUGUAUGUAUAAAUACAUGAAUGAUCAAUAGUACAAACUCAGGAAAUUACCUGAGAUUUCAUAUGGGUGGUGCGGAGAGAGGAACAAAGUUAUCUUCUUGUUUUAUUUUAUUUUAUUUUUAGUUAAUUGAUGAUGUGGCAUUUACAUGUAAAGGGCUGCUAACAUGGAUCUUACGUGGGCGAUGACUUGGAUCCUAGUCAGCUUUCCGUCACAGAACUUGACGGCAUCCCAAACGCCGUUAAAGUUUCUAACGGAUUUGGCUAGAUUUGUCACACUAUCUUCUAAUUUUCGGGCUAUUUUGUGUUUUUCGAUAGAUAUGAGUACCAAUGUAGUCAAAAGCUUCAACAAUCCGCUGUAGCAUUAAAAUCCUGAAUUUAAUUCCGGGUUGUCAAGCUUGGCGAUUCUCGAGAGGGGAUCCCGGGUUCAACUCCCGGCAGCGGAAUGAAAUUGUUUUUCUAUU